AUGAUUAACUCCUUUCAUUGCGUGUUCAGUAGACACUGGCGAUCGGGGAGUUAUAUCGCUUUUGUCAAGAGGUGGCACAAGGAGAAUAGCAACUUCCAUCUUUCAGUAGGAGAGUUGACCAUCACACUGGAUGAUGUGGCAUCACUGCUUCAUCUUCUGAUCAUAGGCGCCUUCCAUAGCUUCGAGCCUCUGCAUAUGGACGAGGCGGUCAUUAUGUUGGUGGAGUUGGUAGAGGUCCCGGAUGAGGAGGCUAGAGCUGAGACUGCACAGUAUCAGAGGAGAUGUGAGGCUCGACAUUGGAUUGUUGCAGCUCAUGCGUAUCUCCUACAUUUGGUUAGUUGCACUCUUUUCGCUAAUAAGAGUGCAACACAUGUUCAUGUAGUUUAUUUAGACGCAUUUCUAGACUUGGAUCAAAGUGGGACCUAUGCAUGGGGAGUUGUCGCCCUAGUGCAUAUGUAUGAUAAGUUAAAUGAUGCUUCUCAGAGCACUGGCCGACAGCUUCUUGGGUAUGAUGAGACGUCACCAUGUGCCUGCCGAUGGCUUACUACGAAGGCUUAUAUGAAGGGAUUAACAACAUCGCUGUACCAGACACAUAUAGAUGCACUAAUGAUUGCUGACGUAUGUUGGAUGCCUUAUGGUGACCACCAAGGAGUUAGGGCGUUUGACCUCAUUUCAUGCUUUCAGGGUGAGCUUAGAUGGGGUCCCAUUAUGGUCACACAUCGACUAGAGAGGGUGGUGCGACAAUUUGGCUACGUUCAGACCAUCCCUCUACCACCUAUUAGUGCCAACUUGUCAUUUGAGGAUAUGAACGACAGGUGGAUGCAUUACUCGGACCAUCUAGCAGCUGCGGGACAUAUUUGUGUUGUGCCUGGGUAG